AUGAAGCUGACCACCGCUCUCGCUACCGUGGCAGCCCUCCUCCCGCUCGACGCCGUCGCCGACUUCGACCUGUACGAGUCGCACAUCGGCUUCGUCGCCGGCGGCGGCAACGGCGAGGUGAACCCCUACAUAGACGAGAUCCUCGUCGCGCAGCCGUACAUCAGCUACGACGCGGCCAUCUGCAAGGCGCCCUUCUGGAGCCAGCUGCGCGCCGGCUCGCCCUACUGCGACGUCAAGAUCAAGUUCAACAACGGCUGCGCCGUGCUGCGCAACUGCGGCGGCGGCGGCGAGCCGCACAAGCUCAAGACGGGCGACAAGUUUGCCGACCUCGAGGACUGCGGCGGCGGCAACCGCGGCACGUGCUACGCCUGGCACGACGUGGCCAGCACGCACACCUGCGCCUGGCAGGAGGCCGGCCGAAUGUCGUACAGCCGCGUCGCCUGCAAGACGCCCAACUUUAACGGCGCCGAGGCCCUCGGGGAGUGGUAG